AUGGCUUCUUCUCUUCGAUUGGGAAGCUCUUUGCUUCGCUCUUCCACGGCUCUAUCGCGACCCGUUGUUCAGCAAGCAGCAUAUACUGGUGUGCGAUGCGCCAGCUCAAAGUCGCUUAAAGAGACCUUCGCAGACAAGCUCCCUGGCGAGAUCGAGAAGGUCAAGAAGCUGAGAAAAGAAUAUGGCAGCAAAGUACUAGGAGAAGUCACACUUGAUCAAGUCUAUGGUGGUGCUCGAGGUAUCAAGUCUUUGGUCUGGGAGGGUUCGGUCCUUGACUCUGAGGAGGGUAUCCGAUUCAGAGGCAAGACUAUUCCAGAAUGCCAGGAACUUCUUCCUAAGGCUCCCGGCGGAGAGGAACCUCUACCUGAAGGUCUCUUCUGGUUGCUCUUGACCGGAGAAGUCCCAUCCGAGCAACAGGUUCGCGACCUAUCUGCCGAUUGGGCUGCCCGAUCUGACCUACCAAAAUUCGUUGAAGAGCUCAUCGACCGCUGCCCAAAUGACCUCCACCCUAUGGCUCAGUUUUCAAUCGCCGUGGUUGCGUUGGAGCAAACCUCUGAAUUCGCCAAGGCAUAUGCAAAGGGUGUCAACAAGAAAGAGUACUGGGGCUACACAUUUGAGGACUCUAUGAACCUCAUUGCCAAACUCCCAACCAUUGCCUCGAAGAUCUACCGAAAUGUCUACAAGGAUGGCAAGGUUGCUGCGAUCGAGAAAGACAAGGACUUUUCUUACAACUUGGCUAACGGUCUUGGCUUUGCUGACAACCAUGACUUUGUUGAGCUGAUGCGUCUGUACAUGACCAUCCACUCCGACCACGAGGGCGGCAAUGUCUCCGCUCACACCACUCACUUGGUCGGCUCAGCUUUGAGCUCUCCUAUGUUGUCCCUCGCUGCCGGUCUGAACGGUCUUGCCGGUCCACUCCACGGAUUGGCAAACCAAGAAGUCCUCAACUGGUUGACAAAGAUGAAGCAGUCGAUUGGCGAUGAUUUGAGUGAUCAGAAGAUUAAGGAUUACCUCUGGGACACUCUGAACAACGGCCGCGUUGUUCCAGGUUACGGCCAUGCUGUCCUUCGAAAGACUGAUCCUCGAUACAUGUCUCAGCGAGAGUUUGGUCUCCGAAAACUGCCAGAAGAUCCUAUGUUCAAGCUCGUCUCACAGGUCUACAAGAUUGCUCCAGGUGUUUUGACUGAGCACGGAAAGACCAAGAACCCAUACCCUAACGUCGAUGCUCACUCUGGAGUCCUCCUCCAGUACUACGGAUUGACCGAGGCUAACUACUAUACCGUCCUCUUUGGUGUCUCCCGAGCCCUUGGUGUACUACCACAACUCGUCAUUGACCGCGGUCUUGGUGCACCAAUCGAACGACCAAAAUCCUUCAGCACAGAGGCAUAUGCCAAGCUGGUUGGAGCUUCUUUGUGA